AUGUCUGGAGCGACCACCAAGUACAUCGAGACCGUCAAUUACAAUUACGCGAAACGCGGUUUCGCACUCACAGCUCUCGAGUACUUGCUCACCGGCAGCCAGGACCUGGUCGCCCAGUUGCAAUGGAAUCCUUUGCAGAAUUUUGCGAAGUCAACCAUCCUCGGUCUCCUGGAACGCGUCACGAGAGGUGAACUCACCAUCCUGAGCGAAGGCAAGACGUACAAGUUCGGCAAGCCAUACGACGUGAAGAUAGAUGGACACUCGUGGCCGCUGACGGCGACAGUUACUGUGAAGGCGGAGAAUUUUUGGGCUAGAAUGCUUUUGCACGCGGACUUUGGGUUUGCAGAUGCCUUCAUGCUCGGUGAAAUUGAGGUCGACAAGUUGAAGGAUGUCUUCAAAAUCUUCGUCCUCAACAGAAAAUCUGUUGGGGAACUGGGCACCGUCCUCAGCCCCAUAGUUCGGACAAUAAGUUACAUUGCCAACCUUCGUCUCGCCAACGGUUUGAUGGGGAGCAAGAGCAACAUCUCCGCCCAUUACGAUCUCUCGAACGAAGUCUUCGCGGCUUUCUUAUCAUGGGAUAUGACUUAUAGUUGUGCUAUUUUUGACAAGGAGGCUGGAGGAGCCGUCGGAGACCUUGUUGGAGAGCGCCCAAUAGCUCCUCCACGAAGGGGAUACUUGGAUAAACGGACUAUCCCAGCCGACGAUCUGGAGAGAGGCCAGCUCGCCAAGCUUCACCUCAUCGCCCAGCGCGCGAAGAUUAAGAAGGGUUCCCUUGUUCUCGAAAUUGGAUGUGGGUGGGGGAGCUUCUCCAUUCUCGCUGCGGGAACAUAUGGGGCUACCGUGGAGGCCAUCACGAUCUCGGACGAACAAAAAGUCGCCAUCGACAAGAACAUCGCCGACGCAGGGCUUUCGCAUGCUAUCAACGUCCAUGUCUUGGACUACCGCCAGAUGCCCGAGUCCUUCCAUCAUGCAUUUGAUGCGGUCGUCUCCAUUGGGGUUAUGGAACACGUGGGUAUCGAAUUCAUGCGUGGAUGGUUCGAGAAGAUGUCAUGGGCAAUGAAGCCCGAAAACUCAUUCAAGGUCUUCACGAUGUCGACCGUGCCCGACACCCGCUGGCACAUGUAUUCCAGCGAAGUCGACUUCGUCAGAAAAUACAUCUACCCCGGCGGGCAACUCUCGUCCGUAGCGACCCUUGUGAACGAUAUCACAGCCGCGGGUCUCAACAUAGAGUCAAUCGAGAACAUCGGGCCACACUACGCGCGCACACUACGGGAGUGGGGCUACCGGUUUGAGAGAAACUUCAAGUCAGACAUCGAGCCCGCGUUGCGAAUCCAGUAUCCCAACCUGACAGACGACGACAUUCUGAUAUUCCGUAGGAAAUGGAACUAUUAUUUCGCCUAUAGCGAGGCAGGGUUUGCCCUCCGCAGUAUUUCCGACCAUGUCAUUACCACCACCCGCGAGGCAAACACUUUCGUGACCAGCACCUGUGAAGACCAUCCUCCGACUCAUUUCGUGAAGCAAUGA